AUGUUCACCCAAACUGUGAUCCUUUUCGUCUCACUCGUUGCCUUGACAUCAGCCGGUCAACAAGCCGUUUCUGUUGAGGGAAUGGUAACCUGUAAUGGAUCACCGUACAAAGAUGCCAAAAUCAAGAUCUAUGAGUUGGACACGUUGCAUGAUGAUGAGUUGGCUCGUACUUUUUCGAAUGCCGAUGGAAAGUUCCGCUUGGGUGGAUCACAGAGUGAACUCGGCGGAAUCUCGGCUCAACUGAAUAUCUAUCACAAGUGUGAGAUGCCUUUCUACAAGAAAGUUCUCCCAAUGUGCUACUACAAAGCGACUUUCCCAAUCCCGACUCGAUACUUGCAAUCGGGAUCCGUUUCUGAGCCCUACAACGUGCAAACGAUCGAGCUCUCGCUGCACGCGAAAGGAUACGAUUGCAUCAAUCGUAGAAGA